ACAGAGGAGAGUAAAGACAAACAACAGGGUGUGCUGCGGUUUGUUGUUGUGCUGAGAAAUCUCUGGAGGCAGUGCUGGCACGUCUGAAUAGGCUCAGACCCACAAAGGAUGAUGCAGCAGAAUUAGCUGGACUCACAGACAAUGCUGCCUUCAGUAUUUUUUUGAUGUACUAUAUCUAUGAAUGCCAGCUAGUUUUGUCCGUUUUUUUUUAUUUAUUGCUGCCUACUUUGACACAUGCAGGUUUGUAGCUCACUCAAAGCAGGGGCAGAUACAGAGGCAGACUGUCAUCCUAGGUGUGUCCACUCACUGUGUAGUAGAGACCUGUGGGCUGGUAAUGCAGUGAGGAAGCAAUGGAGACCACAGACCGAACCACUGAGGGCGACCCUCUGAAGAGUGGAGAGGAUGGGGUGGAGACGAUAGCAGUACCUCCAGCAACAGAGCUGAAGGGGAAGAGUUGCAAGGAGGUCUUGGGUUUUUCUAAACUGACCCACUGGCGAACCGCAGUUUUCUUCCUCUCCUUGUUUCUCUGCCUCACCAUUGUGUUUGCCUUCUCCUUCGUCAUCCCCUGUCCCGUCAGACCACAGUAUCAGACUUCCUGGAACAGGACUUUCCUUGAAGCAGCAACUUAUGACUUCGUAGCAAUUGAAAACACAGGCAAAGACAAGGUGAUGGAUGUCCUGUUUAUCCUGAAGAAUGCGGACGGCAGUAAGAACGAAACAUGUGAUGCUUCAGGUCUGCCCUCGCCAUGUGUGUUUGUCGUAGCAGUGGAUGGGACAGAUGGACACACUCUGUGGGAGAGUGCGCUGCAGCCUGAGUUCCACUGGGCCCAGUGUGGUCUGGAUGAACAGACAGACAUGGGAUGGGACUGUCUGCUGUCCCACUCUGACCAGCUGUCAGCAAUUGACAAACUCUCUGGUGAAGUCAAGUGGAAUCAGUCUCAGCCUACUGGUCUGAGCAGCACUGUGCCUGUGCUCAGUGUCCCAGAUCUGGAUGGGGACCAGGUCAGCGAUGUUGCUCUAGUGGCUUCUGACAACACACAGACUCAGCUGGUAUUCCUCUCAGGGAAGACGGGCGUCCAGAUUGGCUCUACGGUGGUUGUUGACUCCACAGAUACAACCAAUCACCUCCUCUAUCGCACUACAGAUGGCUCUCACUAUGUGCUACUUCAAAAAGACACUGGCUUGUAUGGAUUGGCACUGUGGAGGAUCGCUGCUAAAGCUAAAGCAGGGUUCGAGGUGGGCCUCAAGAAGGAUGAACACUGGGAGAAAAAUGCCCCUGCCACAACUGGUCUUAUACCAAUCUUCUUGUCUGACUCAUUGAAACAAGUGCUGAAAAUAGGAGAAACGGACAAAUCCCCUAACCUGCUGCUUGUGACUGGGAAUGAGGUGGCUUUAGUUGAUGGAAAAAAAUUGCAGCCACUGUGGAGUUUCAAUACCAGCUCAGUCCUCGGUGAGCCCUCCUUCGGUCACUUUAACAAAGAUGAUGUACUCGAUGUUGUGGUUGAGGAGUAUAUCGGCAACUACUCAAAAAGGAUAAUAAUCCUGGAUGGGAAGUCUGGUGGUGUACUGUGGGAAGUCGAGCUUUUGGCCAGUCCUAACUCACCUCGACCCGUCUCGAUACACACCACCAACAGUUUCUCCAUCUUCAUGUUUUGGGGCCUGAUGCCCUCAACAGAGACCAACUCUUCUUCACAUGUAAAGGGGGAACGACGCUCUUACAUGCUGCAUCCUCUGUAUUCCAAAGUUCUUCUUGAGUCAACCAAUGUCUUGGACCACAUCGUAUCAUUUAAAGCUACGCUGUUGGAGCGUGGCCGUCACGCUGCCUACAUCCUGCUGACAGGUCCUGGGACACAGGGAGCUGAAGGCACUGUGGUCCUCAGCAAGCGAAAGCUGAAGCAGGACGUCCCUUUCAGCAAGGUUCUCCGUAUCGGCACCAGUGGACCAGAGACCAACGAGGACAUCAAAGAGGCCUUCAACCGACUCCGCUUCAGUGAUCAGUGAGAGGUGCAUGCAGCAUGCACCAUUUUAGAUCCAGUUUGUGCCUCUUAUAUAUUACCUAACAUCCGAGUCACAAAGGUGAUUAAAGAUACUUCUCCAUCCAGACGGUCAGAAGAGUGUUUAGAGAUUGUGGGAAACCCUCAGAACAGCACUAAGUAUUUUUAAAUGACCUUCUGGGUUUUUCAAACAUUGCUGGUUGAUUUAAUAUCUUCAUUUAAUGGAAACAUUUGUUACCUGAGUGUAUCUAACACAUGAGAGGCACAAACUGGGGCAAGACCAGUAUGUCCUCGUUGUUGAAAACAUUUUGGCACAGCUGACUGUAAGGUGGCUCUGCUUUACUUUAAAAACCAAAAUGUGUACACUAGGUAUGACUUUCCAUCUGAAGGCAACCAAAGAAAUUCUUGUGUGUUUAGAGGAUUUGGGCUCACUUGGUUUGACAGGGUUCUUCCAUAUAUCCCCACUGGACUAUCUGGGCAUUAUCUGGCCUAUUGACUCUUGACUUGACUACAUUUGUACUAUCAUGAGUUUGAUCUCAUUUAGCGUCCAAAGAAGUUAUUGUUCCUUGACAAUCACUGUUCUCCUGCUGACAAAUCAUUGCCUUGCUGUAUUGUUUCUAGCACUUUCAUGCAUCAAUGCAAUGCUCUUUUUUAAAGAAAUGCCAAGGCUGGAUUUUUUAAAUCUGGGUUAUUUUGUAGACCUAUGCAACUGUAUGUCGCACUGUGUUUUAAAGGUAGCAGAUGCUGUUACUAGAGUUUGUUGCCACUACAGGUGGUAGUUACUGUGUGUUUCAAAUAACAUUACUAGGGCUAGUUUCCUUAUGGUACUUUUUCUGAAACUGUAACUUGAAGAAUGACAAUAACCACACCAAUCUACAAGUAUCCUGCUCUCCAAAAUAUUGACAAAGCAGUCUUGUAAUCAAUGGUUCUGCUAAUAAUCAAGAUAUUGGUCUUUUACUCACUGAAUCCAAGAUGCUGUAACUAUUAAUGCUCAUAAACGCACACCUACUUAACUUCAGGCCUCUUUUGAGGCGCACAAUGCUGAGUGUUAAAAGCUGACCAUAAUAUUGAAUUAUUGCUGUGGGUAUACAACUCAAUAUGACAGUUUUUCUUACUUUUAUAUUAGUUAAAUAAAUGAAAGAGGUUUGUAUCUUUGCUGUACACUAAUAUAUUGAACCUGUGGGGCAGGCCUUUAUGGUAGCUGACUUUUCUUUCUGAUUUGACAUGUUUUAAUUUGAGGAAUAUUAAACCAUUUUAAAAUAACAGCUUUUGUUUCACAUCUGAGGUGGGUCUUUUCAUGGGUGCAAAUACACUACAGAUCACAAGUUUUAGAAACACCUAGUUUUUCAUGUUUUUAUUUAAACGUACAUAGUUUAUUGUCUCAAUGUACAAACAAUUGGAGAUUA